AAGAUUCACAAAGUGCCAGCAAAUUUGAAAGAAAACUAGACCAUGAGGACAUUCAUGAAGCUGGUAUAGAUGACUACAAAGAUGAUGAGGAAAAGGAGACAGUCAACCAAGGCACAAGAAGUAGUACUAUCAAUGAGGUUAAUAACCAGAUGAUCUCUGCCACAGAAAAUCCCUCCAUCAGAGAUGGAACAAAAAAAGAAGGCAAAGCUAGAAAAAAAAAAUGUCUAAGAAAAUAUCCAAAGUCAUUGUCAAACCACGUUCAGUACAACACACUGUUAAGAGCAAGAAAAGAACUAUCCUUUCUGAAAAUAAUGAUGGUACUCAGGACGAUGGGAAUACUCCUAAAGAAAAUAACGACAACAAAGAGCAAGUUGAGCAAAAGAAAAGAGACGUAGAAGUUGUGGAGCACAAUGAGAAUAAUCAGGAGAUGGUUCGAAAGGAUGACAAUGGUGAGAUCAAUGAAGCCGAAGCUAGCACCUGUGGUAACAGUCUUCAAGAAUCUGCCAAGGAACAAGAAAACAAAACUGACGAUAUUAAUGGUACUGAUACAUUUGUUGAUAACACUAACAAGAUUCAAAGUUCUGAGAGCUUAACUUCUGUUAUCAAUGCCAUGCCGGGAUUGAAUUUGGUGGUUGACCUCAACUCCAAAUUUGUUUUAAACCAAGACAGAGUCAACAAUAACUUGGUAGCUGACUUCGACACUGGAAAGGUUUCAAACCGGGACAAAUCCAACAACAAAUUAGUGACUGCCCUAAAUGCUGAACAAGUUUCAAACCAUGACAAAGUUGGCAAGAUCAUAAAAGAAACAACACCACAAAUUGAAACGAGAUCAAGCGAUGAGCAGAUAAAAAAUCAAGAGAAGAGAGGGAGGAACAGAAAACAUGCUGAAAUUCAACUAGAGGUCACAUCUCCUAAUAGAGUCACUGUUAUGGUUCCUGAUGAACACAUACAAACAGAAAUGCAUUACAAGGAGGACGUUGACAAUCAAGGCUUUUCUCCAGUUAUCAAAGGAAAAAACAAAAACAAGAAGUAUGACAAGAUGAGCAAGGAAAAUGGUAACAACCCUGCCAAGGCUAGGGAUACAACAAAUCAGUCUCAAUAA